AUGGUGCUAAAAUUUGGGUGUACAAGUCGUGCUAAUGACAACAAUUAUCAGGAGGAAUUGUCAACACCAGUCACAACACCAACUAUUAAGAGCUCUUCCUCUGAGAAUUAUCAAACACCAUUUGAAGAAUUUUUGGUGAGUGAUGGUGAGUUUGUUGCAUCUGUUGAUAUUCAGUCUGAUACAGCACCACAAGUACUUGCUACUCCUGAAGUCAUUUCUACAUCCAAUCUUCCUGUGUCAUAUGCAGCACAAGAAUCGACAGAUGCUAUACAAGAAUCGACAACCAUCACACUUCACAGAUCCAAUCUUAGAAAGGAGCUUAUGUUGAUAUUUCUUGAUGAGGGCAUCUUGAAUAAGUUUGUAGUUGUAAAGAUGUUCAAUGAUCAUGGUAAUGAAGAGAAAGGUGAUGGUGAUGGAGUUUUUCGUGAUGCUCUUUCCCUUUUCUGGCAGGACGAUACAUUAGCUUGA